UUUUCCUUUAAACCCUGAAACUACCAGACUUGUUCUUUACUUCGGUGGUGGUGGUUGGCCCCUGCCGAGUCCCUAGUCAGGCCCUCUUUUGUUUCUGUGCUUCUUCGUCUUCAAUAAUUCACAGACGCGGAGGUCGGAGAAACUAAGGACCUAAAGGAUUUAUGGCAACUAAUGAAGUUGGUAGUCAAAUGAAGAAUGAGGAGUCUCCCGGGAACGCCGCCGCAGGUGCCGACCUUGACCUUGAAGCGGGGCAGAGCGAUAAGAGAGCAGAGGAAGGGGAUUCUACCGGCGGCACCCCCAACCCCGCAUUGGUUGCUGUUGUAGUCUCCAAUCCAGGUCCUGAAAAGCUUCUGAAUGCUGUGAAUUCUGGUAAAGAGGAGUUAGAACUGCCGGACGUGGCGUCACCAAAAAAGGGCUGCUUGCCCAGGACUUCCAGUUCUCAUGAGCAAUGCAGGGUUUGUCAGCAGGAGAAGGAAGAAGUUUUGAUUGAUCUCGGAUGUCAAUGUCGCGGUGGUCUUGCAAAAGCUCAUCGGUCAUGCAUAGACACUUGGUUUCGCACUAAAGGGUCGAACCAAUGCGAGAUAUGCCAAUCAGUAGCUGCCAAUGUGCCACCUCCAGAAUCCCAGUCAACUACAAACUACUGGGUUUGGAGAGUUGACCCAAACUUUAGACGUCAAGAUCAUGGAAGGGUUAAGGCCUGUUUCAGUCCACUUUGGGUGGCAUUCUCAAUCCUAAUCGGUGGGCUAUUGUUGGAUGUCCUGAUAUCAGUUACUCUUGGUGUUUCUGCACUCCCUGUUAAUAUUAUAAUUGGAGUUAUUGUUGUGCUUGGGCUUGGAACAGCCCUUCGACUUAGCCUGGAGUUUUGCCAUGAGUGGAGCUUGAGGAGAGUUGUGCAGAGGGUGGAAACAAAUGUGCAUAUUGCCUAUCAUCCUGGCUUGUAGGUAAAAUUUGUGUAUAUAUACAAAGAAAUUGCAGAGUUAGAAGCAAACAAGCUUUCUUUAUGUCCUGUGAAGAAGCAUAGCCCUUAUAAUUUGUUAUGAGGGCGUACAGUCUAUCUUCUUGUUACUAUUAUAUCUACUUUUUAUAUGUUUAAGAGACAUCAAGAAUGUAUGGAGAAUCUAGUUCUGUUAAUUUUGUGGUUAUAAAACGAUGAGUGGCUUAGUAAAUUCAUUCAAACAA